CGCCAGCCGUCCAGCGCCUAUCUCCCGCACGACCAGAGCCAGUAAAAUAUUUGCCCAUUCCGCCGGCGAGAUGGCCCACCGCCGCCUGCUCGUCCUCGCCGUCCUCGCCCUCGCGGCCGCCGCCGCCGCCGCCGACGAGCCCGGCUUCGCCGAGUCCAACCCGAUCCGCGCCGUCACCGACCGCGCGGCCUCCGCGCUCGAGUCCACCGUCCUCGCCGCGCUCGGCCGCACCCGCGACGCGCUCCGCUUCGCGCGCUACGCCGUCAGGUACGGCAAGAGCUACGAGAGCGUGGCGGAGGUCCACAAGCGGUUCCGGAUCUUCUCCGAGAGCCUCGAGCUCGUCCGCUCCACGAACCGGAAGGGCCUCCCCUACCGCCUCGGCAUCAACCGCUUCGCGGACAUGAGCUGGGAGGAGUUCCGCGCGACCCGGCUCGGCGCCGCGCAGAACUGCUCCGCCACGCUCGCCGGCAACCACCGGAUGCGCGCCGACGCCGCGCUCCCGGAGACGAAAGACUGGAGGGAGGAUGGGAUCGUGAGCCCAGUGAAAAACCAGGGCCACUGUGGAUCUUGCUGGACCUUCAGCACUACUGGUGCACUUGAGGCUGCAUACACCCAGGCAACUGGCAAGCCCGUCUCUCUUUCUGAGCAACAGCUUGUUGACUGCGCUGGUGCAUACAACAAUUUCGGAUGCCACGGAGGCCUUCCGUCCCAGGCCUUUGAAUACAUCAAAUACAAUGGUGGCCUUGACACUGAGGAAUCUUACCCUUACCAGGGUGUAAAUGGAGUCUGCCAUUUCAAGGCUUCAAAUGUUGGAGUCAAAGUUUUGGACUCGGUUAACAUCACCCUGGGUGCUGAGGAUGAACUGAAGGAUGCUGUUGGUCUGGUUCGCCCUGUUAGCGUUGCCUUCGAGGUGAUCAAUGGUUUCAGGCUGUACAAGAGCGGAGUUUACACUAGUGACCACUGUGGAACUACUCCUAUGGAUGUGAACCAUGCUGUUUUGGCUGUUGGCUAUGGUGUUGAAAAUGGUGUCCCCUACUGGCUCAUCAAGAACUCAUGGGGCGCUGACUGGGGUGACGAUGGUUACUUCAAGAUGGAAAUGGGCAAGAACAUGUGCGGUGUUGCUACUUGUGCAUCCUACCCUGUUGUCGCGGCAUGAGGCCCACAAGGAUUGUUCCAUGGUUUGCUUGGCGUCAAUAAUACAUGUUUAGCCUGAGCAUGUUGAUGGGUUAUACAAAUACCCUGUUGUGAAUAGACAAUCGUAAAGGGAAUGAAUUAGCCCCCGCUUGUACGUCUCUCCCGUAUGGUCGUGUAGGUAGAUUGUCAGUUGGGGCUCCAAACUACUCAUACGUGUCCAUGCUAUUCUAUUGAGGUGAAAUUGUAAACAUGGUACCACAUGCAGAUUACAGACGGGACAUUUUUAUCAUAUAAUAAUGCACCAUAUUCAGAUUAUAUGUCA